GUCACUUUUUUCACUUCUAUUUCUAUCAUUCCAAUCCAACUUCUUUUUCUACACUCUUUCUCUGAACUUUCACGCGGCUUCUUUCUUUGACUACACGUUACACUUACACAAAACCUCUUUAAAUUUCCAUCUUUCAUAUAUUCACUCUCAUUUUCUCAUCUUCAAUUACUUCUUACAAUAUGAAGUGUUUCUUCUUCAAUAAAAAUUCCAAAUCAAACCCAAAUUUAAACCCUAAAAAGAAGAAAAAUCAAACCAAAAAUUCCACCAAUGCAAAUUCAUCGCCAUCGCCAUCGCCAAGAAGUAUAACAGAGAUAUACAAAGAGAAUGAACACAAUUUCAGAGUUUUCACUGUGCAGGAGCUUGUAAAUGCAACAAAUGGUUUCAAUAAGAUGCUGAAAAUUGGAGAAGGUGGCUUUGGGAAAGUAUAUAGAGGAACAAUUUCUCCUGAGAAUGGAAUGGGUGACCAAAUUGUGGUAGCUAUUAAAAAACUCAACACUCGUGGACUUCAGGGGCAUAAAGAGUGGCUUGCAGAAGUACAAUUUUUGGGAAUUGUGAACCAUCCAAAUUUGGUGAAACUUUUGGGAUACUGUUCUGUGGAUAGUGAAAAAGGGAUCCAACGGUUGUUAGUGUAUGAGUAUAUGCCUAAUAGGAGUUUAGAAGACCAUCUUUUCAGUCGUUCGUUACCUACUUUGCCUUGGAAAACAAGAUUGCAGAUUAUGCUUGGUGCUGCUCAAGGAUUACAGUAUCUACAUGAGGGUUUGGAGAUUCAGGUGAUAUACAGAGAUUUUAAAUCUUCAAAUGUGCUCUUGGACAAGAAAUUCCAUCCCAAACUCUCAGAUUUUGGUCUUGCUAGGGAGGGCCCAACUGGUGAUCAGACUCAUGUUUCCACUGCAGUAGUUGGGACAAGGGGUUAUGCGGCGCCAGAGUAUAUCGAAACAGGUCAUUUAAAAUCAAAGAGUGACAUUUGGAGUUUUGGCGUGGUACUCUACGAGAUUCUCACAGGAAGACGAACAAUAGAAAGAAAUCUUCCAGCAGCGCAACAAAAGCUUAUAGAAUGGGUUAAAAACUACCCUGCUGAUAGUGGCAGAUUCACCUUGAUAAUUGAUCCUCGACUCGCGAAACAGUAUUCUGUUAAGGCAGCUAGGAAAAUUGCUAAGUUGGCAGAUAGUUGCUUGAAGAAGAAUGCUGAAGAUAGGCCAUCAAUGAGUCAGAUUGUUGAAAGCUUGAAACAAGCAUUGCAAUGUUCAUAAAUCUUAAAUAUUGCGAUAUACCGAAAGUUAUGAAUAGAUUGUUUUUUUAAUACUAUUAAUUAUAUGAUGAGUUUAUUCUUUGUGCAUAAUAUUUUAAAGAGUAAAAUAAAUUAGUCAA